AAAUAAAAAAAAUAAAAUUAAAAAACAAUAACAAACUCUUCAACCCACAAUUCACUCUCUCUUUCUUUCCCCUUUCAAUUCUUGUCGUUGGUUUCUUAACCGACGAAACCACCUUCAUCAUCACCAACCACCAAACAUCCUCUGAAUGCAUUAAUCGACAAUGGAAGAUUCCGAGAAAUUAACGGCUUUGAAGAAGGCUUAUGCUGAUAUUAUACUCAACACUGCUAAGGAAGCUGCGGCGCGAAUUUUGGUUUCCGAGAGAAAAUCAACUCAUUUUCAACAAGAGCUUGCUUCUACUAAAGAUGAAGCACUUCACAUGCUUCUUAGACUCAAACAAAUGAUGGAUUCUAAGGUCAAAGAAGCAGAGCUGACAUCGUUGAGUCAGCAAAAGAAGAUUGAUGAGCUCGAAGCUCAGCUUCAGGAAGCUGAGGAAAUAGUUAGAGACCUUAGGGCCGAGUUGAGAGAAACACAGGCUGAGCUGGAGAAUGUUACGAAACACCAAACAAAUCCCCCAGUCGAACAAAACAUGAAGGAUGAAGUUGCAGCUAAUGGAAAUUUUAUGCAGGAGAACAGACUUGAUCCUUCUGAUGGAACUGUGCAUUCGGCACCUGUUUUACAGUUUGAACCAGUAUCGGUUCCUGUUUCUAGGUACCCUACUGUAAAUGGAACAGAUAAUGGAAGUAAGUUCUGUGGGUCUCAUGAUCAUGCAAACAGUUGCUACAUUCAUAAUCCAGAUUUUGCAUCCAUAGUCAUAAGGAGGAAAGAGCCCGAGCUCUAUAGAAAUGGAUGUACUCAGAGAAUACGAGCGCUUGAAAGGAGCCUUUUUGAUGGAAAUGUGUCUGUUUCAGGACAUUUAGACAAUGCGCGGGAUGAAUCUUUAGUAGGAGCACAUGAAGAAGGCAAGGAAGCAACUGUUACAACUAAUGGCAAGGCUGAUAUUAUUUGUGAAAUGGAAAAACCAGACGAACUUAAAACGAUGAAAGCAAAUGCUGACCUUGUCAAAGAUCUAGUUCGUAAAAAAAACGUAAGAUUUAAGAGUAGGAAGACUCAUCGAUCUAGAUUGCAUUCUGGUUGGGUUAAGGAAACAAAUAAAGAAUCAUAUCUAUCUGUAGCCAAAGAUUCUUUUCAUGUAUCGGAUAACAAUGACCCUUCCAAGGUUAAUGCUUCUAUGACACAUGAAAAUGAGACUCUGAAGGAUCAAACGUCUCCAUUGGCUGAAGCUCCCACUGGCGCAACUGCAACAGUUGAGCAACCAAAUAAACUUAAAGUAGUAAAAGCAGGUGCUGACCUUAUAAAAAAUCUAGUUCAUAGAAGACGCAGAAGAUUUAGGAUGAGGAAUACUCAUCGAUCUAGAUUGCAUUCUGGUCGGGUUAAGGAAAGAAAUAAAAAAUCAUACCUGUCUUGUGCAAAAUAUUCUCAUCAUCUAUUGGGUAACAAUGACCGUUCUAUGGUGAAUUCUUCUAUGGCCCAUGAAAAUGAAGCUCAGAAGGAUCUAAUAUCUCCUUUUGUCAAAGCACCAGCUGGUGCAACUACAGCAGUCAAGCAAUUAGGAUCUCAUACCGAUACUGAAAAAGGGGAAUUAUUUCUUAAAGGCUGCAGUUCUAGGAACAAGAUUGAAGAUCAUAAGGAACCAUUGGAUAAAUCAGAUUUGACAAGACAAGAAGGUUUGUCCACUGUAAGUAUGGAGGUUUCAGGUUGUAAAGAUGUUAAGGCAGCUGAUGGGUCACCAGAUAAAAUGGAACCUAAAGUAUCCGAUUUAGAUGAGAAAGUUUCUAGUCGAUUCGAAAAUGAUAAGCUUAUCAAGUACACAUUCCAGAGAAAGCGUAAGAAGGGGUCUGUAAGCAGUGGUGGUGUAGGCUGCUCUCCAGAAAAUAGCAAUUCAAAGAAAAUUUGUGGAGAGAAGGAAAAUGGUGACGUGGAGCCUCAGACGUCUUGUACAAUGGCUGAAUCAUCUCGGGAAAGCCGAAGACUAGCACAAGUUGCUCGCCAGCUCAUUUCUUUGUCUGAGAAGAAAUGGUGGCAGUAGAUUCGUCGUUGAUUGCUUGCUGUGAUGAGUAAUGCGCUAUUGUUUCCGGAGGUGGCGUUUGCUUGACGAUGAUAGAGUCGUGGAGCAUGUUAAUAACUCAUUAUUACUAUAUACCUACUCCUUUUUCAUCCUUAGAUAGCAAUUGCUAACAAUAUAUCUGUAGAACAUAAAUUAUAUGUGCUGUUGAUGGCCUUUUCUUGGGGUCAUGUUUCCAAUGCAAAUUUUGCUGAUUAUAAGUUAUAUUCCCACCAAUGAUUUUGGGUGUGUUGCUAUCA